AUGUCCGACGACGAGGCAGACGAAAACGACGAGUACCUCUCCCAAUUCGUGGUGGCAAAAGUCCUCGAGAUUACACAAAUCCCGAACAAAGACAACUUAAAAGUGAUCAGAGUCGAUGCAGGAGGAGGAGGAGAAGACGACGUUUUAUCCAUCGUGACGAACGCGAAAAACGUCUCGGAAAUAGGAUUGUUGAUAGCGAUAGCGAGAGUAGGGGCGACGUUGAAAGAUGGGACGGUGAUUAAAAAGCAACUGGUUGGUGGGGAAAUGAGUUCUGGGAUGGUUUUAGACGCGCCGCUGUUGAAUUGGAAGAGCGGGAGUCACGGUUUAGCGGCUAUUUUACCUGCCGAAAUCGAGACCGAGGAGCGACGGGUUAGCUGGAAACGACGACGAUACUAA